AUGGUCGCGGCCGAGUGCAGCCUUUUGGCACGCUUCCUCUUUGUGACAGUCGCGGCGCCUCUGGCCCUUCUCGGGUCGCUUCUGUUCCAGGUGUCCGUGGAUCUCGAAAUCCAGAGUUUGACGAACCUGAAGUAUGCCGUCGAAGAAGAAGCGGCAGCUGUAGCAACCGAGGCGGAGGCUGCGCGCGAUGUCGGACAGGCGGCCUUGGACCAGACUGAGGCCGAACUGCUUCAGGAGAAGGCUGAAGCCCUGGAUGCCAGUGUUGCAGAAGCACAGGCCACAGAGCUGGGCGAAGCUGAAUCCGUCGCCGGUGCACAGGCGGCGGAGGAUGUUGGUGGCUCGGAAGUUGCCGAGCAGGUCGAGGAGGUGGCCUCGAGCGUUGUGAAAGGCUUAGGUGAGCUACCUGCCAACGGCAUGGCUUCUGUGGGAGCUUCAGAAGCAGUUGCAGAUGCAGCGGCAGAGGCUGUGGCUGGAGCCGCUGUGUCUUCCGUGGGAGUGGAUGCGGCACUGGCUGGCGCCGCGGGUGCCAUUGCAGAGCAGGGCCCAAAGGUGGUCGUGGCUGCUCAGGAAGAGUGGGCCUUGGGCUCCGAAGAGAUCCAGGCGGCAAACGACGAGCGUUACAGCCUCGGCCACACCCGAAACUCUCUGAGCCUUAGACCUUGA